AUGAAAUUCAAGUUAGAUCAGUUCAAUGAGAAGUUAUCAAACCGUCGGAAAGAGAGUAAAACAUUCAAAGAAAGUGUCGAUAUUAUCUGUAAAGAUGUCAAAGAGCGAGGAACAAAGCUGAAGGCAGAAAUAGAUUCUAUAGUGGACAAUGUCCUUACUGAAUUAUCAUCACUGGUUGCUGAAGAAGACAAACUCCUUAAAGAGGAUUGUGAACAUGGUGAUAAAAGUGUCAAACAAAUAAAGCAGCUGAUCGAAGAAGUGGAGCAGCUGUCGGAAAAUCCAUCAGGUGGAACUUUGUUUGAGCUGACGAGGAGACUUAGGACUACUAUACCGCUUUAUGACGUUACUGGUACGAGUACACAUCCAUACCUACCAAGUUUUGAAACCGGACAAAUUGAUACAGAACAGUUGACAAAAAUGAUCGGAUUUGUUAAGGUCGGGAGUAGGAAGGAUUCAACGCCUACAUACGAGAAGAAGGAUAUCAAUAAUCAACAUGUCCGAAAACUUACUUCAUUCCAAACCCCUACAAAACUGUCCAUAGUAUCCAUAUGUCCAAUAGACGACAUCUAUGCAUGGAUAUCAAGGUUUGAGUGUCUGGACCUGCUCCGAGUCAAUAAAAAGGGAAACGUCACGGAGACUGUGAAGCUUGAUUUUACACCUUGGAGUUUGGCUUUGACCAACUCUGGACUACUGAUGACUCGAACGGAUCAGUCACCGUUGAUACACAAACUGUUUGAGAACAGACGAGUGACGACCUUUGCUGACAUCACUCCAUUAAAGGCAUGGUUUAUCAGUGUUAGUGACACAGACGAUGUGUUCGUUAGUACUGGUACUACAACAAUACUGGUACUAAACAUGUCUGGGGACAAGGUUAGACAAAUCUCGUGUGGACAGGGUGGGAGCUUUAUAGCUAGUUUGACCGGAGGGAAUGUCGCGGUUAUCACUAGAGGUAUUGACUGUACUGAACUGAACAUCGUCAACAAAUUAGGUCAGAUCAUACACACGUGGAGUGGAGAACUGGACAAUGGUCAGAAACUAUCUCAGACUAUUCAGAAUAGUAUAGCAUGUGAUAAAUAUGACAGAGUAUUUGUACCAGACUUAGUUACUCAUCAGGUAUACGUCGUCUCACGGAAUGAGAGAAAGGCAAAAUGUAUCCUGGACAAGAAACACAGAGUACGAAAGCCAACGAUAGUAGGUGUAGACAGGUGUGGACAUGUUUGGAUCGGCUGUCGUGAUGGUACAGUACAUAUUAUGCAACUCUAA